AUGGAUGCCUUAGUGGAGCAAACUCAGAAGGCAAAGGUUUUGCAUGAAAAAUUGAAGAAUGCUAAAUCUGAUGUCGCUAGGCUACAAGAAGAGAAGUUCUCUGUUAAGGAUCGCAAUUCUGAAAUUCAUCAACGACUGUUGAGAAUCGUUGAGACUAGAUCUCCUCCAUUCAAUGAUAGAGUACACCUUGCUCUAUGUGAAAAACUUAAGCAUGUGUUCGCUCUGCUGAAUCAAAUCCAUGGUGUUUUGGAAAGCGGUGCUUCUUCAAAACAAUGGGGAGACGAGGAGGUUAAUGUGAAAGAAGAUUUUGAUCAGAAGGGCAAUGAAGCUUAUGGAUCAAGGAAUAAUGGCAAUGCCAUUUAUGAAGAAGAAAAUGAAGAAAAUAUGACUGAAGCGGAAAGGGCUGAAAGAAAGUAA